GCGCAUGUGCGAAGGUGUCCAACAAACUGACAAUGCUUGUGAGAUGAAGAUAGUGUUGUUGCUGCUUCUGGGCUCACGGAGGACGAGAGGAAUCUACAAGCCGACAAGAUGAGAUCCAAGGCUAGGGCAAGAAAACUGGCCAAAACUGACAUUGAGCCAGUUGACAGCAUGCACGAGACAGAGGCCCACCUCCUGGCAGGAGGGGGUGAGAGUGGGGAGGAGGAGACCGAGGAUAGCAUCAUGUCCCCCAUCUCCGUAGCACCCCUGUCCCCGCACCCCAACAACCACCACCACCAUCCCAGCCACCAUCAUCACCACGAGAUCCCCUUCACGCCCAAGGAAGGCUCGCCCUACGAGGUGCCCGUCUACAUUCCCGGCGACAUUCCCGUCCCCAGCGACCUGGAGCUGCGCGAGUCCUCGGUUCCCGGAGCGGGCCUGGGGAUAUGGGCCAAAACCCGGAUCGGGAUGGGAGAGCACUUUGGACCUCACAGCGCACUGCAGAGUGCCACGGUCAAAGACAGCUCCUUCGGAUGGGAGCAGAUGCUGAAUGACCACGAGGUGAUGUCCUCUCCGGAGAGCUGCAUCAAAAAGGUGGUGGAUGAGAUGGGCAACGUCAAGUUCUGUCUGGACGAAGGCUCAGAGCCCGGUGGGACCUGGCUCAAGUAUGUACGCACUGCCAUCUCCUUUGAGGAGCAGAACAUGGCGGCGUGUCACCUCAGCGGAGACCAGAUUGAUUAUAAAGCUAUUAGGGAUAUUGAAGUGGGGGAAGAGCUAUUGGUGUAUAUGAAGGAAGGAAUUUUCCCCGAGGGAUCGAUGGCACCAAACCUAGAAGACGAACAGAUGUACCGCUGUGAGGACUGUGACGAGCUGUUCACCUCGGCCCUGGAGCUGCAGCGGCACCAGAAGUGCUUUUGUUCCAGUGCCGGGUCCUUGUUCGACACUCUCAGCAACGAGGACUUCAAGCAGGACUGUGACGACAGCAACCACGAGUCUGUCCACGAGUGCAAGGACUGCGAGAAGAUCUUCCCCGACGAGUACAGUCUGGGCCAACACAUGAUUGUGCACACAGAGGAGCGAGAGUACAAGUGUGACCAGUGUCCCAAGGCCUUCAACUGGAAGUCCAACCUCAUCCGCCACCAGAUGUCCCACGACAGCGGCAAGCACUUUGAGUGUGAAAACUGCGAUAAGGUGUUCACGGACCCCAGCAACCUGCAGCGCCACAUCCGCUCGCAGCACAUAGGGGCGCGCACUCACACCUGCCCCGAGUGUGGAAAGACCUUCGCCACCUCCUCGGGCCUCAAGCAGCACAAGCACAUUCACAGUAGUGUCAAGCCCUUCAUCUGCGAGGUGUGCCACAAGUCCUACACGCAGUUCUCCAACCUGUGCCGCCACAAGCGCAUGCACGCCGACUGCCGCACCCAGGUCAAGUGCAAAGACUGUGGCCAGAUGUUCAGCACUACUUCCUCCCUCAACAAGCACCGGCGCUUUUGUGAGGGCAAGAACCAUUACGGCCCUGCCGGGGGCCUGUUUGCUCCCGGCAUCCCCAUGAGCAGCCCCAUCCUGGCCAAGUCCAGGUCCCAUCCCCACCACCAUCAACCGGGACUCAACCACUCAGGUCUGGCCUUCCCUGACUACUUCCCCUCCCGGCCCCAUCUUCACGCCAGCCUAUCCUUCUCCCCCGGGCCGCAUGGUUUUCCCUCGCUCUCCCAUGGCUUCCCGGGUCUCUUCGUCCCCUCGUUCUACCCCCGACCGCACUUACUGCCCCCCAGCCCAUUUCUGAAGAGCCCCCUGGGCAAGAACAGUAACAACGGUGGGAGCCAGGAGGGCAAGCUGCCUCACAGCCCCCUGGACGGGACUCCACUGUCUCUGAUCAGCUCCAUCAACAACAACAACGGAGGAAAUAGUCUCCUCAGCAGUCAGGAGAGGGAGGACAAAGGGAGGCUGGAGCUGGCGUACAGAGAAGUCAAGGCCAAAGCCAAGAUGUCGGAGGUGUCGGACGGCAGCGACCUGGAGGAAGUCAACACCACCAGCGGCACCGACCUGGACACCACCACCGGCACCGCUUCGUGUUCAGAGUUAGACAGCGACACUGAGAGUGAGCGGGAACAACGGGAGCGGAUCAGGAGCACAAAGAGAAGGAAGGAGGCAGGUGUUAGAGGGGUGGUGGGGACAGAUAGGGUGGGUCAGGAUGGGCGGCCGGACAACGUGAGCAGCGGCUCAGUGUCGGCGGUGUCCAGCUCGGUCAACCUGGCUUGCGAGCAACCCUCCUUCCUCUCGGUCGCCUCCCAGCACUCCUUCUUUCCGCAUCCGGACGAGCAGGCGCUGCCCCCCACAGGGGCCACCGCUGCCACCGACUCCAUCAAGGCCAUCGCUUCCAUCGCCGAGAAGUACUUUGGCCCUGUGCUCAUGGGCCUGCAAGAGAAGAAUAUAGGCUCACUGCCCUGCCAUUCCAUGUUCCCUUUCAAGUUCCUACCCAACUUCCCUCACUCCCUCUACCCCUUCAACAAGCAGGCCGGUGCCCUCAACCCCGGCAUGUUCUUCAAGGCUGAGCCCAAGUCGCCUCGUGCGCAACAUCCGCCACCCAACAAGAUGGCUGCCCCUCGCACUGGAGAGCCAUCGCCCUUCGACCUCACCACCAAGCCAAAGAAGGCCAAGUCGAAACUGCCGGCCCCCGCUAAGUCGACCCCAUCCAGCGGUAGCAGCAACACCCCCCUCAUUCUCCCGGGGAAUGAGGAGCAGCCACUGGACCUCAGCAUCGGCAGCCACAGACGGGAUGUGCACAACGGGGUGCUGGCCCCUGAGCAGCCGUCCAGCCACAAGAACCAACGCAAGGAGGAGCACCCCGGCAGCCACCCGCACCAACACACCCAGCACCCCCAGGGCCACCCCCUCCACCAGCCCCUGCUGUCACAGCACCAGCAGCCCCUGGCCCAGCCGCCCCAGCAGCAGCCCUCCCUGCAUUACACCAAGCCCUCGCCCUUCUUCAUGGACCCAAUAUACAGCAGGGUGGAAAAGAGGAAGUUACUGGACCCUGUAGGAGCUUUGAAGGAGAAGUUCCUGAGGGCCAAUUCGCUUCUCUUCCAUCCACAGCUACAGUAUCUUUACCGUGGUACACCUUCUUUACCUCAGAUGUCAGCCAUGGAGAGCAUGACGGAGAAGCUGGAGAGCUUUGGCGCUCUCAAACUGGAUGCCCCGCCCAACUUGCUGCAGCACUCGGCCCGCCCACUCUUCAACUUCCACUCUCCGCCGCCCUCCCUCUCGGACGCCAUCCUCCGCAAAGGCAAGGAGCGCUACACCUGCAGGUACUGUGGGAAGAUCUUCCCCAGGUCAGCUAAUCUUACCAGGCACUUACGGACACACACAGGGGAGCAGCCCUACAGGUGUAAAUACUGUGACCGCUCGUUCAGCAUCUCCUCCAACCUCCAGCGGCACGUACGCAACAUCCACAACAAGGAGAAGCCCUUCAGGUGUCACCUGUGCAACCGCUGUUUCGGCCAGCAGACCAACUUGGACCGCCACCUAAAGAAGCAUGAGCAGGAGAACCUGCCCGUGAGUGAACACUCUGGGAUCCUCUCCAACCUAGGAACCAACAUUUCCUCUCCCAACUCCGAGACAGAUCACCUUUUAGAUGAGAAAGAGGACUCUUACUUCUCGGAAAUCCGCAACUUCAUUUCCAACAGCGAGAUGAACCAGGCAUCCAGCUCCACAGACAAGAGGUCAGAACUUGCGGAGGAGGAGCGUCUGUCGAGCCACGGCCUGUCCAGCUCCCGGGGGCUAGAGGAGGAGGAGGGAGACGAUGAAGAGGAGGAAGAAGGCAGCCUGACGGAGAAAUCUCAGGACGAAGCGCCCGAAUCCCCCUCCCCGAUCAGCAUGGUCACACCGGGGGCGUACGAAGACGAAGAGGAGGAGGAAGCCACACCGUUGGCUAUAAGCUACGAACACACCCGCAGGCUUAUGCAAUGAUGCUGUCUCUGUCGGAGAACAGCCCUUUGCACGCGUCCUCCCAGAACGCACUGGAUGCCUGGCUGAGCAUGGGAAGGGGCCUGUCCGAGACGAGCAGCUUUUACCCACUCUGCCACAUCUAAGAGAGUUAGGAGGAGGGAUGAAGCCUACUGCGGAGGAGAACUCAACAUCACAUAGUCCUGGCCUGAGAAGAGACAGGAUUUGUGGCUCCUGCCCUUCUGUGUGUGUGUGUGUGUGUGUGUGUGUGUGUGUGUGUGUGUGUGUGUGUGUGUGUG